AUGCUCAGAGUCCCCGCAGAUUUCGAGAAAAUCCAAGCCUCACGGCCAGACUUCCGCCGCGACGCCGAAGUCACAUACACCAAGUCCCCGAACCCCGCAUGGAAGCAAGGCGAUGGUGCGAAUGAUGGCGGCGCAUGUCUGGAGAAGGACCACAUUGAGAUCGAUCCCAGUGAGGAGGGCCGCCCCGUUGCCUCGAACUACAAGUUCCUGAUCUCCGCAAUGGUUCCGCGGCCGAUUGCCCUCAUCAGCACCCGGUCUGCGGAUGGCAAGACCACCAACCUUGCCCCGUUCAGCUACUCACAGGUAAUCAACCACGACCCCCCGCUCUUCACCGUCGGCGUUACGGGGUCGAUUGAGAAAGCCAAGGAUACAUUGAAAAACUUGAACGAUACCGGAGAGUGCGUAAUCAACAUCAUAUCGGAACAUUUCCUCGAAGCCGCCAACUCGACCUCUAUCAAUGCACCUUAUGGCGUCUCCGAGUGGGAGACUUCGGGACUCCAUCAGGCGCCUACCACUGUUGUCAAGCCUGCUCGUGUGAAGGAGUCCAUUGUUUCAAUUGAGGGCAAGCUUGUCGAGUUGAAGGAGUUUGAGAGCCGCGUCACUCCUGGAAAGAAGACUGGUGUCUUGGCUAUUAUCGAGGGCGUCCGAUUCUGGGUUAGGGAUGACGCUAUCAAUGAGGAAAGGAAUCUCGUUGAUCUGAAAGUUCUUAAGCCUAUCAGUCGUCUGGGUGGCAUCUCUUAUGGCCGUACCACUGAAGCAAUUGAGAUUCCUCGGCCGGAAUUCGAGGCUUCUUGA